CGACCAAGCAGGGCGGAACAUGCUGGAGACUCGCCGCAAGCUGCUCAACGCGGCGCUGGGCGGCAACAUGGUGCUGUCGUGCGCUCUGCUGCUGACCACCAUGUUCCUGCUGGAGACGCCGUACGUGGGCUUUAACGCUGCAGUCACCGCCGGCGUCUACGUGGUCUUCACGUUCGUGGCCAUCGUCAUCCUCAACAAAACGCCGUCCGCCUUCUCGAUUGGAUUCCUGGUCGGAGCUUCGUUCUUGGUGCUGGUGCUGGCCUUCCAAGGGGCUCUCUACUGGGGGCUGGAGGCACGCAAUAGCCCGCGACGAGCGACUCCUGGAUAUGUGGCGUCUGGACUUCACGCGGUGAUCUUUGUGGUGCAGUGUGUGGUGACAACUGUCGUGGUCAAGUCCAAGGAGGACGUUAUCGAUACAUACGCAGCGUACGAGUACAUCCCGGACACCGGAUAUACCAUCGACAACGUGAUGCUCACCAACAUCUCACGCACAGCAUCACCUAUCAAUUACCAGGCGACAAUCCCCACCGCAGACAUUUGA